ACAGCAAACUUCUCUCCUUUCCUUCCCCAAUAAAUAAUUAAAACCUCUCUCCCAAGCAUGACACUUGACUCCCCCUAUGCCCAAAAUUCAGUCCAUAAUUUUUAUCAAAAUAUUAAAAAGUCUAUUUGUAUGCUCUGCGGCGAUGCCUACGCCGGUUACUGUGGCCAGGCAAUGCUUAACUCCGGAGGCAGCCCACGCGCUGGACGAGGCCGUGGCGGUGGCGCGACGCAGAGGCCACGGCCAAACGACGUCGCUGCACGCCGUGUCCGCUCUCCUUUCACUAUCGUCCUCCACGCUGCGCGAGGCCUGCGCGCGCGCCCGAAACUCCGCCUACUCGCCGCGUCUCCAAUUCAAGGCUCUCGAGCUCUGCCUCAGCGUCUCACUAGACCGGGUCCCCUCGACCCAACUCGCCGACGACCCGCCCGUGUCGAACUCGCUCAUGGCCGCCGUCAAACGGUCGCAAGCCAACCAGAGAAGACAGCCCGAAAAUUACCAUCUCUACCACCAGCUCUCGCAGCAGUCCUCCAUCUCCGCCGUUAAAGUGGAGCUCCAGCAGCUGAUUCUCUCCAUUCUCGACGACCCGGUUGUCAGUCGGGUCUUCGCCGAGGCGGGUUUUCGAAGCUCCGAAAUUAAGCUCGCUAUUUUGCGCCCUUUUCCUCAGCUCCUCAGGUACUCGCGCUCCAGAGCUCACCAUCCUCUGUUUCUCUGCAACCUGACCGAGUAUCCGGACCAGGUUCGCCGGACCCGACCCUCCUUUCCCUUCUCGGGUUCUUUAACCGACGGGGACGAGAAUUCAAGGAGAAUAGGAGAGGUUCUCAUUAGAAACAGAGGAAGGAAUCCUCUGCUUGUUGGUGUAUACGCUUACGAUGCGCUUAAGAGCUUCGUGGAAGCUUUGGAGAAAAGAAAAGAUGGUGUUUUGCCUGUGGAGCUUUCUGGAUUGAGUGUAGUUUCCACUGAAAAAGAUUUCUCAAAGUUGAUAACAGAGGAUUGCGAUAAAGGGUCUGUAAAUUUGAAGUUUGGGGAGAUGGGUCAGUUGGUAGAGCAGAGUUUGGGACCUGGGCUUGUUGUGAACAUUGGAGACUUGAAGGCGUUUGUUGCAGACAAUGCUUUAGGUGACUCAGUGAGUUACGUGGUUGCUCAAUUGACCAGGUUGCUGGAGCUUCAUCGUGGGAAAGUAUGGUUGACUGGUGCCACAGCUAGCUAUGGAAGCUACCUGAAAUUUAUUGGUAGGUUCCCGUCCAUAGAAAAAGACUGGGACUUGCAGCUUCUGCCCAUCACCUCUCUCAGACCUCCCUUGUCCGAAUCGUAUCCCAGGUCCAGCUUGAUGGAGUCAUUUGUUCCAUUUGGUGGAUUCUUUUCAGCACCUUCUGACCUAAACCUCCCAAUAAGUAGUUCAUAUCAGUGCGUGGCCCGCAAUCAUCCGUGCAAUGAAAAAUGUGGGCAAGAAGCAUAUGCUGCUCCGAAGGGUGGUGUUGCUGCUUCAAUGGCAGGUCAGCAUCAAGCUAGCUUGCCUUCUUGGUUGCAGAUGGCUCCACUUGGCAUAAGCAAGGGAUUCGAUACGAAGACCAAAGAUGAUGGUGUGUUAUUGAGUGCCAAAGUUACAGAGCUACGAGACAAAUGGGGUGAUACAUGCCAACAUCUUCAUCACCCUCAUCCCCUGCCUGAAGCAAACUUGUUUCCAACUAUAGUGGGCUUUCAGUCUCCUGAAGACAAGGACAAUCAAGGCAACAACACGAACAUUUCUUCAAAUAAAACUGAGUGCAAGAAUACAAAUUCAUGCAUGCCCAUAGAUGUGCAAACAAAAUCAAGCGUUCCUCCCCAAGCUACUAAUGACAGUUUCUCAUCUGAAGUAUGGGAAAAACCUUCGAAAGAUGAAGAUCUUGAGUCGGGUGGCCUCAGGUCUCCUUCCCUGUCCAAUUCUAGUGUGGUUGACGGUAGCCGAACAUCUGCUACAUCUACCACUUCCGUGACCACAGAUUUAGGGUUAGGAAUAUGCUCUUCUCCUGCUAGUAAUACAGCCAAUAAACCUCCAAAUCAGAAUCAAGGAGUUAAACAGGACAUCUCAGGUUGCUUUUCCUCUAAUGUAGAUUUAGUCAAUGGGAAUCUCUAUUCUGUUCAAUCAUCAUCCUGCUCAAGUCUUGACAACCAUGGGCAGUUUGAUCCAAGUGAUGCCAAGGUGCUUUUUAGAGCUCUCUUUGAGAGGGUUGGCUGGCAAAUUGAAGCUAUAAGUGUUAUUAGCCAAAGAAUAGCUCAAAAUUUCGUUGGAGCAAGUCACAGAAGGGACAUAUGGUUCAAUUUUACAGGACCUGAUAGGUAUGGCAAAAAGAAAACUGCUGUUGCCCUUGCUGAGGUAUUAUAUGGAGGCCAGGAACAAUUGAUCUGUGUGGAUCUGGAUUCUCAGGACGGAAUGAUCCAUUCAGACACAAUCUUUGACUGUCAAGCAGUGAAUGGUUAUGAUGUGAAGUUUAGAGGUAAGACGGUUGUUGAUUAUGUUGCCGGAGAAUUGUGCAAGAAACCGUUGUCCGUUGUCUUCCUAGAAAAUGUUGACAAGGCGGAUGUGGUGACUCGAAAUAGUUUGUCCCAGGCUUUAUUGACUGGUAAGUUCUCAGACUCCCAUGGAAGACAAGUCAGCACCAGUAAUGCAAUAUUUGUUACAACUUCAAAAUUCUCAAAGGGAUGCAGUAUUCUCACUUCCACAAACGGACCCUCCAACUAUUCUGAGGAAAGAAUCUUGCAAGCGAAAGGGCGGUCGGUGCAGAUCACCAUUGAAUGUUCCUUUGAAGACAGCAUGGCCAUAAGCGAAAACUGGAGGGCAUCCUCCAAUACAACUAAAGAAGGCAUAUCCAACCAACAUCUUCUGAAUAAAAGGAAACUGAUUGGUGUCAAUGAGCCUCUAGAGCAGCAUGAAGUCUCAGAGAUGCCCAAACGUGCUAACAAGACAUCAACUAGGUAUCUGGAUCUCAACCUUCCUGCCGAAGAAACUGCAGCACAAGACACAGACGAUGGGAGCUCUGAAAACGACUGCCCAUCUGAAAACUCCAAUCCUUGGUUGCAAGAAUUCUUUGAGCGGGUGGAUGAUACAGUGGUAUUCAAACCGGUUGAUUUUGAUGCACUUGCUGAGAAAAUAUCGAAGGAGAUCAAGAACAGUUUCCACAAGUUUGUUGACACCGAGUGUUUGCUAGAAAUCGACUCAAAAGUCAUGGAACAACUACUUGCAGCAGUGUAUUUGACAGACAGGUAUAAGGUGGUGGAAACUUGGGUGGAGCAAGUACUGAGCAGGGGAUUUGCUGAAGUUCAGAAGAGAUAUAGCUCCAAUGCAAUUACUAUGCUAAAACUUAAAACUUGUGAGGGGCUUUGCUUGGAGCAGCCAGCACCAAAAACUUUCCUUCCCCCCAGCAUUAUACUAAAAUGAUUUCCAAGAAAAGUGUAUUCUUGUAAUUAUAUAAUAUAAGGUAGCAUGUAGCUUCUAGUAACCUUUGUUAGCCUCUUUCAUUUUCUGUUUUCUGUGUUUUAUUUAUUUCUGGGCCUGUCCUUGUUUAGCCUCUUAUCCCAUGGUUUUAAUGGGUUUUGCUUGUGCUUGUAUGAAACUUCUAUGUACCAAUUAAGCUGUUUUGCCUUAAAUGAUGUGUAAAACUCCAAAAGAAAGUUGGGAAGGAA